AUGGCCCGUUUGCAAGUGGGAGUCGGGACCACCUUCCGGGAUAUUUGCGGCUUUUGGUUUUGCCAACUGAACGCAGCCGGUCUCCCGUCAGCUGGAACGUAUUACAGCUUGCGUCUGGUCAUUCGACCUCUUCAGUUGCUCAUGCGGAGGGCGAGGCUCUCUGCUGUUGCUGCAUCGGCGUUAGCAGACACUGCACUAUCGUGGACACCGAACAUUCGCGAGGUGCGGAUAGUGGAGGUGGCGCCCCGCGACGGGCUUCAGAAUGAGAAGGAAAUUCUCUCUCUUGAAGACAAAAUCAAUUUUAUUAAACUCCUUGAAGCUGCAGGCCUCUCUACUAUAGAAAUUGCUUCUUUCGUCAAUCCGUCGAAAGUUCCGCAAAUGGCGGAUGCCGCAUCUCUCACGAGGCACUUCUGCUCGCAAAGAACAAACGGCGUUAACGCUCGGCCGAAGUUCCAGGUUCUGGUCCCCAACAUGAGAGGUUUCCAAGGAGCAGCUGAAGCUGGAGCGAGAGAGAUUUCUCUCUUCACUGCAACGACUGACGGAUUUUGUAGAGCCAAUAUUAAUACAACACGGGACGAAAGUUUGAGAAGGUUUCGCGUCAUUGCACGCGAAGCCGCGGAUAGGGGUAUCAAGACUAGAGGGUAUAUCUCAUGUAUCUUUGAGUGCCCCUACGAGGGUGCAGUCGCGCCAACACGAGUCGUCGAAGUGGCUCGCCAGAUGCUUGAUCUGGGUUGCUACGAAGUGAGCCUAGGAGACACGCUCGGGUCCGGAACGGCUGGGGACACUCUCAGCCUCAUGGAGGAACUGCACAGGACGAAUUUUCCCACGGAGGCUUUGGCGAUGCACUUGCACGAUACCUACGGCCAAGCACUGACGAAUCUCCUAGUCUCUAUUGUGCAUGGAGGCGUCCGCGUUGUUGACGCUGCGGCAGCCGGCUUGGGAGGUUGUCCAUUCGCAUCGAGAACAACACCUGUGCCGUCUCGGGCUGACGCUGAUACAGGUGCGCCACGUGCAGACAGUGGGCAAGGAUAUCACAAAUCGCACUGCAUUUAUCCGCGACUUGCUCCGGGAAAUGUAGCAACAGAAGACGUUGUGUACAUGCUGGAAAACUCUGGAAUCAAAACAGGCGUACGGCUAGAUGCACUGAUGGAUGCGAGUGCAUUCAUAUGCACCCGCUUGCAUCGGAGGAGCAACUCGAAGGCAGCUGCGGCCUUGUACAUCCGGCAGGAACGGCAAAGCCGGCAAAACCCACCAUGCUGA